GUACGCUGCGUAUCUUGCAACCUCGCCUAUGAUCCGUCCAGAGUCGGUGCAAAUCCUCCCUCCGUCAGAGUACACACUUUACCACGCCAAUUCAGCCGCAAAAUGGUUUCAACUGGUUCAAAGAGGUGCCAGAGUCCAUUCCAGUCGAAUAACCCCUUCCUACCUACCCACCGCAGGCUUGAAGCUGGACACAAGCACCCUGCGAAGCUUGCUCACCCUCUUCCUCCUCCGCAUCUACGAAUCCAAUGACCGCCUAGCGAACAUCCAUGGCGCACAAAAACAUCUGGAACCAUGGCGCGUCUACGCUGAGGACGCCCGAAGCCGAGAGCUCCUCCCCCUCCUCGUCAACCUAUCAUCCUCCUCCAUCGACGCCCUCCGCACCGCGGACCUCAACUCCGCAGUCCUCUGGCACGCCUCAUGCAUGAUGCUCGGCGCCAACAUCUCCUACUUCGAGCUCGCGGCGGGCCGCGCAGGACCGGGCCCAGCCGUAACAGCCCUCGAAGACAUCUCAGCUUGGUCGCAGACCGCAUCAGCCCGCCGCGCCGUCCUCCACGCAGCCCACAUCUACAAACUCCUCUUCGACCGCAAAGUCUCCGACAUUGUCAACCCCCACAGCGUCAUGGCGCUCUUCCAAGCCGCCCUCGUCCUCGGCCUCUACAUCUUCACCCUCCCUCCUUCCCCCAACACCAACCCCUCCUCCCUCUCCGAUGCAAACUGCCUCGAACUCCUCGAAAUCGUAGACUGGUCCCACAUUGGGCAAAUCGGGUACAUGGACCAACACCCCCACUCCCCGCGCGGCGCCGCCACCGCCCCCGGCUACGGCGACUCCCCCGUCGUAAACUUCAUCCGCAACGGCGGCGCGUUCAGCAUCACGGGGAUCGCGCUCGAGGGCGGGUACCUCGCCGCGCGGCGCACGCUGCUUCACUGCGCAGACCUCAUGGAUGGCAUCGCGCGAUGGAAAGCGCGGACUUUUUCGCAGAUCCUGCACAUCAUGAGCGAUGAUCUGACGGAGACGGAGCAGGCAGAUAGCGGGGAUGAGAUGGACGAAGACGGCAGCGCAAACGCAAACGCAGGUGCGAAUGCGAGUGCUGCGGGGUCAUGA